AUGCCUCAACAAGUGUAUCCAGAACGCGAGCUAGAGGAAAGCCGAAAAGACAGGAGCGAGCUUAAUUUAAGCAAUAACAGAGACCAGCAGACGAGAAACGAACUUUCCGAACAACUAUCGCAAACCUUCGGUCCAACUUUGUUCGUAAUGAAGCUAGCCGGAGAUUUCUUUGGCGAAACAACUUUGACCGAGCCGCGAGACUUGAAUUCGAACUGGGGAAACUCGGCUUACUGCAUUUCGCGUUUCUACAGCUCGUUUGUUGUUUUAGCCGAGUGGUUGCUGGUUGUUUUGGGGCUGAUAACUCUUUUUUAUCAAGGUUUGACGUCCAUGAAUGUUUUCCUAUUCUUGUUAAUCGCAAUUACUUAUUAUAUUCAGUGUGCUUCCAACGCCACUAUUUGUUCCGUGGUACUGCCACUCGUGAAAAGAAAAAAUACCCGAUUUUCCCAGUUUAUCUCUGGCGCCAUGAUGACCGCAACUGACCUCGAUGGAGUGAAACGCAAAACUCUGCAAGGUUUAGUGAUUGCAUGUUUUGUUGCUGUGAUGAAUCUUGUUUGUAUCACCCUCUUUUCACUCUAUAAUGGCGGAAUAAUCUCUAAAUACAAACCGUGGAAUGGUCACUCAGCAGUGAGAGUAAUCGAGCUCGCACCCGCAAUAUACGGUUCCUUUUCCUGGAGUCUACCAGUGCAGCUGUACUGCGCAACGUGCUUGGUUCUGGAAAGAAUGUUUGAAACGUUAAAAAAGAAAGUUGAAUCCAGUCUCGGUACAGAACGCCCUUUGACCAUUGCCUUUGUGCGCCAAGAGCAUAUGCGACUGUGCAAGCUUCUUGAGAUGGCUGAUAGGGUGUUUUCACCUAUCUUGUUUGUAACUGUCAUUCUGUACAUACCUCUGAUCUGCGCCAAUUUAUACCAGCUCAUCCAGUCAACCAAAAAUUGGUCGAGCGUAGCGGGAAGGGUUUCGUUUAUCGCUUACCUUUGUUGGAGUAUAUCUCUAGCAUCUAUACUGGGAGUGCUGUGCCUAUUUGGAAGUCGAGUAAACGAGAAGGUAUGAUAUAUAAUAGUGAGAGAGGCGAAUCCAGGAUUUUUGCAUGAAGUGGGGGUGCAUCACUAAGGACCUACCAUUUCUAUGGCGUUUAACAUAAAUUCUUCAGUCUCGUCUCAUGUUUCACUUCAACACCAAUAAACUACAAAGCUUUUUUUUUGGCAGAAUACCAGUUGUAUUAGAAAGCCGCAGGUCAUCUCAGGGGUGGGGGUGGGGUGCUCACCCCCUGCACCCUCCCCCUAAAUCCGCCCCCUGAAGAGCUGCAUGUUGAAAUGCAUUUGUUUGAGUUGUGGUUGUUAAUUUAGUGUUGAAAACAGCGAAGUAUUUGCUACAAUAAUACAUACAAUCGCGUAACAAUUUUACAGCAAAUUGGAAUAACUGUACCAAAACCAAAAGCUAAUCGUGCUUGCAUGCCUUGGUACCUAUUUUAGUCAUUUAAUAAAUAUUUCAUAUUAAUUCAAACUACUCGAGUCAAUAAGAGAAAGUUAAGAAUUUGCUUUUAAUCAAACUAUAUAUUCUUAUUUUAGGCUCACAGUUUUUAUGAAACAUUACAAAUGUGCCAAGUUUCUGCAAAGGACGUCGAAGACAACUCAGAGGUGAGUACAUAUAUCUUUUCUGCAGAAUUUUUUAUGGACGUUUUUAACAUAAGUUUCCAGGGUGCUAAAGUUUACUCUCUCUCAAACGUUUUAAGGAAAAGGUUAAGUCAAUUCUUAUUGAUAAAUAUGAAUUGCAGAUUUAUCAACACUAUAUUUUUUCUGGCUUUCCGUUGUUUAAUGCUGGCAUACCUAGCUUUCUUUUGCUGUCUUUCUUCCACUGACAAGGAAUCCGGAAUCCAUUACUUUGAAUCCGGAUUAAACAGUGUGGAAUCCAAAAAAAAAUCAUAGCUGCAGUGAAUGCUCGGUUCUCAUUUCUUUUCUUGUCAUUUUAUUACUUUUGGUAGAAAUCGCAAAAAAUCAUAAUGUCAGUUCCUAAUGAUAAAUGGCUGAUAACAUUUGGACUCGAACUGUAGGUGCUUUAGCUUUUCGUACCUUAUUCUUUAAGCAGUAAUUGAUGCUAAUGAGUACGUUUAAUCCGAGCACUGCGGUUUAAUCCGGCCUUAACUAACAGUUAUCCUGCUUCAGCCAAGAUAUGCAAUUCCACAAACAUUUUAAAAAAAUGUUUCAUACUUUGCAGUGAAACCUCUGGCCUGAGGCUUGUGGACCCACUUGAGCUUUGAAUAUGUUGACGUUAUUUCUGUGGUAGAUAGGAGUACAAACCAUGCCUGAAAAUUGCUGUCGAUUUGUUAAUUGGAGUGUGCACAGAGUUUCAAAAGAGAGACUAAUGUCAUGCAUGCAUAACUAACAUUAACAAAAUAAGCGAUCUUUUAAUAACUUUUUCUUUGUCCACAGUUGAUGCUGUUCCUUGCGCAUGUGCAGGGCGAUGGUAUUGGUUUUUCCGCAGGUGGAAUGGCGGUGAUCAAUAAAUCUUUCUUUCUCACGGUAUGACACCAAAUAACUCUUAUCUAUCUGGGAAGUCUGCUGUGGGAAUUUAAUGCUUUCAAAACGCGACUCAAGUUUAGUUAGUCUGGUGAAGCAUGCAAAGGGUUAUUCAGGGUGAGUUGCUUGGGAAGUUUCAAAAUACACUAUCAAAAUUACAGCUGAUACCCCAAGACAAAUUAAGAGCAUUAGCUAAGAUACCAUGUGCCCGUCCUUAAUGAGAUGUAGUUCCUCAUUUUGUUACCAUCAACGAUAUGUAAAGUGUAAAGGAAACUCCUCCGUCCAAGAAGUCUAAGAAAACAACCAGGUGACGAGUAAAGUGACUGAGCUCAAGAAGUCCAUAUAACAAAAAUAACCUUAACAUUAAUAUACAACAUUAAAUUUACUUCAGAAAUAAUUUACAUGCAGUACACUAAACUCACACAAAAGUGCAAAAAUAGAGGAAGGAAGAAAGACUGAAGAAAGGGGAAAAUGAAGUAAAAGGAAGAAAAAGGGAAAAAUGCUCGAUAUGAUUUGAAUUUUAGCGGCAGUGUCAAUUGCCACACAUGAUUUGAAACUAUCAUUCCUCCAGUGAGCCAGGUCUAAGCGUAUUUGUGACUGACUGGGUUUCCAUACUAGCCUCACGAACUAAUAACCUUUAACUUUUACUUUGUUUCAGCUUGUUGGAAUUAUCGCGUCGUAUUUUGCCGUGCUUCUUACCUUACCAUCCUGAGGGAAGCGGAAACUACAGAGGCUUCAUCAGUUAAAAGGGGUCAAAAAACAUUGCUAGGCUUCAUCGUAAAGCCAUUCAUCAUAUUGCUUCAUUUUUGCAUUAUAAAGGAGGCUGAAAUCUUAAACAGGAGCACACUCUGAUACCGGACGGUU